AAAACCGUUUUCAACGAAAUAACCCAAACAGAUCUCUCUCUCUCUCUCUCUCAAUUAGUCUCUUACCUUUCCUCUCGAAGACGAGGCCACCAGGACGAACUAUACAAAUGGCUCCGAUUCCGUCAGAGAACGGCGUCGAGGGAGACGAUGAGAGAGAAGAAGAGGACGAAGAAGAGGAAGAAGAAGAGCUGGAGGUGGAGGAGGAGGAGGAGGAAGAGGAGCCAAGGCUCAAGUACCAGAGAAUGGGGGGCAGCAUACCUUCGCUGCUGGCGAGCGAUGCGGCGUCGUGUAUCGCCGUCGCGGAGCGCAUGAUCGCGCUCGGGACCCAGGGCGGCACCGUCCACAUCCUCGAUUUUCUUGGGAACCAGGUUAAGGAAUUCCCUGCUCAUACUGCUGCUGUCAAUCAUCUUAGCUUUGACCUAGAAGGUGAAUAUGUAGGAAGCUGUUCUGAUGAUGGGUCUGUUGUCAUAAACAGCCUUUUCACUGACGAGAAAAUGAAGUUUGAGUAUCAUCGCCCGAUGAAGGCUAUUGCUCUGGACCCAGAUUAUGCAAGAAAAAUGUCAAGAAGAUUUGUAACUGGUGGUUUAGCAGGUCAUUUAUAUUAUAAUACCAAGAAAUGGCUUGGCUAUCGUGACCAGGUCUUGCAUUCUGGUGAAGGUCCAAUUCAUGCAGUGAAGUGGAGAACCAGUCUCAUUGCUUGGGCUAAUGAUGCAGGUGUGAAAGUUUAUGACACUGCCAAUGAUCAGCGUAUAACAUUUAUUGAAAGACCACGAGGAAGCCCACGUCCCGAGCUUUUAGUUCCUCACUUAGUUUGGCAGGAUGACGCUCUUUUGGUCAUUGGCUGGGGAACAUCUGUAAAAAUUGCAUCAAUAAGAGCAAAUCAGCAUGGAGCAACUAACGGGACAUAUAGGCAUGUUCCAAUGUCAAGUAUGAACCAGGUGGAUAUUGUGGCAUCUUUCCAAACCAGCUAUUUCAUUUCAGGAGUUGCUCCAUUUGGUGAUUCUUUAGUUGUUUUAGCAUAUAUUCCUGGGGAAGAAGAUGGGGAGAAGGAAUUUAGUAGCACCAUUCCAUCACGGCAGGGAAAUGCACAGAGACCAGAAGUACGUAUAGUAUCAUGGAGUAAUGAUGAACUUUCAACAGAUGCCCUACCUGUUCAUGGCUUUGAGCAUUACAAGGCAAAGGACUAUUCCCUUGCUUAUGCUCCUUUCUCAGGUAGCAGCUAUGCUGGUGGUCAGUGGGCAGCAGGUGAUGAACCACUGUACUAUAUUGUAUCCCCAAAGGAUGUAGUUAUUGCAAAACCUAGGGAUGCCGAAGAUCAUAUUGCUUGGCUUCUGCAACAUGGGUGGCAUGAAAAAGCUUUGGCAGCUGUUGAAGCCGGUCAGGGGCGGAGUGAACUCCUUGAUGAGGUGGGAUCUGGAUACCUUGAUCAUUUGAUUGUGGAAAGGAAGUAUGCUCAAGCUGCAUCUUUGUGUCCCAAAUUGUUGCGGGGAUCUGCUUCGGCAUGGGAAAGAUGGGUUUUCCACUUUGCUCAUCUCCGUCAGCUUCCUGUGUUGGUCCCAUACAUACCAACAGAAAACCCAAGACUGCAUGAUACUGCUUAUGAGGUUGCUCUUGUAGCUUUGGCUACAAAUCCUUCUUUCCAUGAGGACCUCUUGUCAACGGUCAAAUCUUGGCCACAUGUGAUGUAUUCUGCAUUGCCUGUUAUUUCGGCUAUAGAACCUCAGCUUAAUACUUCAUCCAUGACUGAUGCGCUCAAAGAGGCACUAGCACAGUUGUAUGUAAUAGAUGGGCAAUAUGAGAAAGCUUUUUCAAUCUAUGCUGAUCUUAUGAAGCCAGGAGUAUUUGACUUCAUCGAAAAAUAUAACUUGCGAGAUGCAAUUCGUGACAAGGUUGUGCAACUGAUGAUGAUAGAUGGCAAGCGUGCAGUUCCAUUAUUGAUCCAAAAUAAAGACUUGAUUACUCCAUCUGAAGUUGUUUCACAACUUCAAAAUGCCAGCAAUAAGUGUGAUCACAGAUAUUUCCUACAUCUAUAUCUCCAUUCAUUAUUCGAAGUGAAUCCACACGCUGGAAAGGAUUUUCAUGAUGUGCAGGUGGAGCUUUAUGCAGACUAUGAUCCAAAGAUGCUACUUCCUUUUCUUCGUAGUAGUCAACAUUAUACACUUGAAAAGGCAUAUGAAAUUUGCGUCAGAAGAGAUCUUCUAAGGGAGCAAGUUUUCAUCCUUGGAAGAAUGGGAAAUUCUAAACAAGCCUUAUCCGUCAUUAUAAAUAACUUGAGGGAUAUAGAGGAGGCUGUAGAGUUUGUGACUAUGCAGCAUGAUGAUGAUCUUUGGGAAGAGUUAAUAAAGCAAUGUCUUGACAAACCCGAAAUGGUGGGUUUGUUGUUGGAGCACACAGUUGGAAAUCUUGAUCCUCUCUAUAUUGUAAAUAUGGUUCCCAAUGGCUUGGAGAUACCUCGGCUUAGGGAUCGGUUGGUCAAGAUCAUUACUGAUUACAGGACUGAAACAUCUCUUAGACAUGGUUGCAAUGAUAUCCUCAAGGCUGAUUGUGUCAACCUCUUGGUUAAAUACUACAAAGAGGCAAGACACGGGAUUUACUUGAGCAAUGAAGAAGACGAAGCACGAGCAAAAAGGAACGACAGUGGGGCUUUUCAGGCAACUGAGAAAUCAUCAAGUGUGAGAACCAUGGAGGUUAAGUCUAAAACCAGUGGGGGUGCAAGGUGUUGCAUGUGUUUUGAUCCGUUUUCCAUACAAAAUGUAUCGGUCAUCGUUUUCUUUUGCUGUCAUGCUUAUCACAAGACAUGUCUUAUGGACUCUACCUAUAAUAUUAGUGGGAAUAAAGGGUCUGGAGCCACUUCCCGGGAGCCUGUAGUAGAGUAUGAGUAUGAUAAUGGUGAUCUGGACGAUAAUGAUGAUGAUGAUGAUUCCCAGUCGCGUGCAUAUCAUAUGCGUUGUAUCUUAUGUACUACAGCUGCCGGUUGAGUUUGCUGAUGUGUGAGCGUGUGCACCCGCGUCUGGUGUCCGUGUCCGUGUUUAUGUUUGUUAUUUAUUUAUUUGUGCAUAUAGUGCGGCUGAGUGCAAAUUGUGCAGUCAUUUUUUCUUUCUUGUGCUUCACUUGUUGUCAAUUCUUGUAUUUUAGUUACAUAGUUACCAUGGAAAGAGUGAAUUUUUUCUUCGGCUAGUUUACCUAGUGUUGCCUUCAAAGAGCCAGUUUCUCUUGGCCAUGGCCGUGAUUACAAUUUACAGGGUUGUCUUAAGACAUACGUUGACUUGCAUUAGUAGAGGUGCAGAACGAGGGCGGUUGGUUGGAGGUACUUGGAAAUUCUUUGUUUCAUCCUUUUAUUUACUUCGUCCACUUAUGGGUAUGUGAACAUUGAACUGGAGUGAGAUCAUCCAGUAUUUUGACCUAGACUGUAAAGGGUUUUUCUUGGAUA